CCAGCAACAGAGUGACAGACAACACAGCCCCUGCCUCCGCGCCGCUCAGCGUAGUAGUGGAUAUCUCCUCUGUGAACGGGGAGCAGAGGCGAGCCAAACCGAGCUGCAUGAUCGCUGUGCAACAAGGCGACCAGGAGCAAAAUGGACCUCCGGACAGCAGCAGCAGCAGCAGCAGCAUCCAGUGAGGACCGACACAGUUUUUAGGGUCCUGUUACAUCCUGGAGGACUCACGGUCAUGACGAAAUAGAAACAUCAGUUGAGGCCCUCCAGCUGACCUCUGGGCCAAGUCCUGGGCUUUUUUGUUGGUGGGCCAACUGCACAGGGGUGUAUGUGAGUGCAAGGUAAUGAAAUCCAGUAUGAGGCACUGGCGGAGGCUGGUGCUGGUUGGAAUGCUGGCCUGGGUUCUCCUCUUCCUCGCCCUCUUCUCUUACUUCCUGGAUGCUCGUGUGAAUGAGCCCCUGACCUCUGUCGGCUCUUUACUCUUCGAGCACCCUGACACUCGUCGUCUGACCUCGAUACAGGCGUCCCAUCAGCAGCAUGCAGACCUGGGCUCCCGACCUGAACUGGCUUCCACCUUAACUACAACCUACCCUGGAGAUGAGCCAGAGCCGUCUGCCACCUCCACGACCCCGGGGCUCAGCCUGGAGGUGAGCCACAGUCCCAGCAGCGCUCCUGACGCCAUUUAUGUUAGCCGGGAGACCAGCCACCAGGACAGCCUGGACCCACAGAGCCUGGCUGCCUGGUCUUCCUUUGGUACAGAAAACGUGGGAUCUCACUCGGACCCUUCAGUCCAGAGUCGGGAGAGGACUUCUCAACACGGUGGGGAGGAGGAGGAGGAGGAAGAAGAUGAGAAGGACAAUGAAGAAAAUGAGCAAGGACACAGAAUGAGGACUACAUCCGGCAGGAGGGUCGGUGAUGACUCUGCUAAUCUGGAGGAAUAUUACUUCUCCAAGUCGGCCUCUAUGUUGCAGCGGCUGUGGCGGGGUCGCGUGUCCGGCAACAUGCUGAGUCCUCAUUUGCAGCGCGCCGCGAAAGACUACAUUAAUUCCAACAAAUUCCGUGUCUCCUACAACGGGCAGCGUAGGACCAACCAGAGUGCUAAAGACGUGCUGUGUCAUAUGAAAGCCCUGGCCCGGCCCAGGACAGUGGACGGGUCGGAGGAGCCCUUCUCCUCACUUGGGUGGACUAGUUUUGUGCCUUCUACUCCCCUGGAGCAACUGCCAAGGCGGCAGGACCAGAGCAGCUACAAGACCUGUGCGGUGGUCGCCUCGGCUGGAUCUAUCCUGCGCUCAGGACUGGGCAAAGAGAUCGACACUCAUGAGGCAGUUCUACGGUUCAAUGCUGCACCUACAGAGGGAUACGAGAGAGACGUGGGGAGCAAAACCACCAUCCGCAUCAUCAACUCUCAGAUUGUGGCCCAUCCUAAGCAUCGAUUCAAAACAACCUCAAUCUACGAGAAUGUGACUCUGGUGGCCUGGGAUCCUGCACCUUACACCCUCGACUUACACAAGUGGUAUGCCAGUCCAGACUUCAACCUUUUUGGUCCAUACAAGGAGCACCGCAAGCUCCAUCCAGACCAGCCCUUUUACAUUCUUCACCCCAGCUACGUGUGGGCACUCUGGGAUGUGAUUCAGGGCAACACUCAGGAGAAUAUCCAGCCCAAUCCUCCCUCGUCUGGCUUCACAGGCAUCCUCCUGAUGAUGGCGCUGUGUGAGCAGGUGCACGUGUACGAGUUCAUUCCCUCCAUGAGGCAGACAGACCUGUGCCACUACCACGAGCGUUAUUAUGAUGUUGCCUGUACACUGGGUGCCUACCAUCCCCUCCUGUUUGAGAAGAGCCUGAUCCAGCGGAUCAACACGGGCACCGAGAGUGACCUCAGGAGGAAGGGACGGGUCACUCUUCCGGGCUUCAGCACCGUCGACUGUGACAUCUGAGAUAUGAAACCUGAGUCUCUGAGCCUGAACAUACACACACACUCUGGCCUUUUCUGGCUGAGUAAGGGAGAGGUGCAAUAAAGCCACUGGAGACAAGGACGCUGGAGCAUAUAGGUUUUAAAUUAGACGCAUGAAGAACAUAAGCCAUAGCCCUCCAGGGAGGGAUCAACGUGGAGGCUUCUGAAAGAACUUGUCUCCACUGAGAUGGUUUACUAGACCAGAGACUGGCAGGAAGAGUCUCCGAGGUGGAGCUGGAAAAAGACGUUUCUCUCUGCUUUAGCUGAGCCACGUUAGCUGUGGAGCUGACUAGGGUAGCAACAGAUCUGUUUUUAGAUAGACGAGUACAUUUUCAAUAACUGGGUGUGUUUCAUUGGUGUAAACUGUGUUUUUUAAAAGUACAGGUGGUCAUCCACUUAAAGGAAAUGCCACUGUUUAUAACGGGGGAUAUUUGUGAUUUGUUUUUCUCCUUUUUUACUGGUCCCAAGGGUUGUGAUUAAGCAAAGACGUCAUCCAUGCUGAAUGUCAUAAAUGCAACACACACACACACACACACACACACACAAAUAUACACACAUUCACACAUAUACAUAGAGCAGCAACUCAUGCAGAAGAACGCACAGUGUGAAAGACAGCUUAGGCGUCUCCACAGAGAUGGAGUCAGGCUGUCACAGCAGUCAUAUUACUGUACGUUUCAUCGCUCAGCAGCAGGUGUUCCUGUUUGACAUUCCUCUGAUAUCUUCAUGUGCAAUCAGAAGUCGUUUAGUGUUUGUCACGAGGGGUUUAUUUCAAACUACUGAUGUUGUUGAGCUUAGUACAAAAUUACUCUCCUGCGCAUGCCAUUUUGCCGGCUCACUCCCACCAGUCUGUUGCUCCUUGUCCACACGUUUAGGAUGACUCCUCAUUCAGUGUCAAGAAGCCUGUCUCAGUUAAUAGCCCACAGGAAGUAAGGGCACUGGUUGUCCUUUUUUUUGGAUUCACCCUACCUGUAGUAACAUUUUUUACUGACAACGCAAUUAAAUCAAAGCAAACGGGGCCAAAAUGGAUCUUUAGAACAAACCGGUGCUCAGAACAGCUGUAACCCUGUGCCUAGUGGUCGACUGAACACUUUCCUCGGGUUGCCUUGUGACUGUUCAGGUACAUGCAGUACAUACUGUGGCAGGACUGCAGUAACAUGGAGUUUAAUUGCCGCGAGAGGUGUGGAGCAGUUGAUAUUGCUGAAGUGAGCUGUAUCAGGGGAUUCUUAGCUCUGCCUCAGCAAUCACCAGCCCCUGUUUUUGACGGUCAGUUCACUCUUUAUUGAAUGUAAUUUUACCACUGCGUGUAACGGCCAAACCCUUCCCCGAGCUCACCACUGCAGUAUGGGUUGCGUAUGUGCAGGGUUAUUUCUCUGUCAUGUAACAGCACGAAGCUCAUUUCCUACAACUAUUAAUGUUUCAUACUUCCUGAAUCCUCUAAUAUUGGCCUGUACUCGUCCGCAGCUCAGAGUGGAGAUGGAAUUUGAACUGGUAAUAUCAGCAGAUUUGCUUUGUCUCCAGCUAGGAUGAUUUUUAUACAGUCAGUCAGUGCCACAUCUGUGGUUAUUGGUUCAGUGUUGAGAGGAAGGUUGGUUUUUGCUACAGACAGUCACAAAAAUCUUGCCUAUAACAGAGAUUUUUAUAGCUAAGUGUGCUAAUCUACAAAAUGUUCCUGUGCCAUUGGUUGUGGUUCUAUAUAAGAUGUGAAAACGUGUCUGAUGUAUAUUGAAUUAGAUGGUUCUGUAGUAGUUGUAUGUAGUAGAUGAUUAUGGGGCUUAACAUUACUUGUUGUUGAGUAGGGCUGGGUAUCACCCAAAAUGUGUCAGUACUUCUACAAACUAGUACUGUGCUGAUACCAAAUAAUAAUGCAUUUUUUUUUUUUUUAAAUUUAUUUAAUUUUUUUUUUUUACAAGAUCUUUUUAUAACUCAGGCAAUACCUGAUUAAAGGAAACAAACACCUGCCCAAGUAUUUUGCGCCAAUUUUUGAUACUUGACAGUCAGGGUGGGCAAUAAAGAUAAAAACGUCUGCUAUGGUAUUUUAUAUUACAACAUUGAUACAUGGUGUAUCCUGAUAUAGUAAAUUCUGUAAGUUCUUUUGGGAAACUACAUGCCAGUUUAUUAGGUACACUUUGCUCAAACUAAGUCCAGUAGACAAAAAUUAAUCCAUCAAAGAGGACCUAUUGUGCUCAUUUUCAGGUUCAUACUUGGUUUGUACACGAACAUGUUUACAUGCUCUAAUGUUCAAGAAACACUGUCAUCCUCAAACUGUCUGUGCUGAACACCUGUAUUCACCCUCUGUCUGAAACGCUCUGUUUUAGGAUCUGACCUUUUUAGUCCCCCUUCAGACAAGGCCCUGUCUGCUCUGAUUGGUCAGCGUUUCUGGGUCUUUCAUAUCUCGGCGUCUCUCUAUCGUCAUUGCAACCAGGCAAUGACCAUAACGGAGAAUAGCGCCACUUUCUAUUGUAAAGAUCCCCAAUAAAAACUACUAAACACAACUGUUUCAACAUGUUUCAGCAGGAAUAUGAUUCUAAACUGGGGAGAAUUCAACAAAAUCUGCAACAAAGUUUACAUGUUUUCCUGACAUUAGCAUGUAGCUACAUGUAGCAGUCUACUUGCAGCCAGUGAAUGACUGGCAAUGUCUGUGUUUACCAGCACUUUCUUUAGUUAAAAACCCCCAAAUAAAAGCUACAAAAACACAACAGCAGGAAUAUGAUGCAACACUGGGGAGUAAUUUACAACAUCGAUAACCAAGUUUACAUGUUUUCCUGACAUUACUAUGUAGCUACAUGUAGCCAUCUACCUACAGCCGGGGAAUGACUGUGUAUAGCAGCACUGUCUCCCAUCACCAAUGAAAGCUUCUAAACAUAACUGGACAUGUUCCAGAAGGAAUAUGAUCUGAAAUUAGGGAGACAUUUACAACUUCUGCAAUCGAGUUUACAUUUUCCCUGAUGUUAGCAUGUAGCUACAUGUAGUCCACUUGCAGCUGGGGAGUGAAUGUGUAUAUGGGCACUUUCUCCAGUAACAAAUCGCCAAUAAAAAGCUUCUAAACACAACUGGACAUGUUCCAGCAGGAACAUGAUGCGAAAUUUACAACAUUGGUUGCCAAGCUUACAUGUUUCCCUGACAUUGGCAUGUGGCUACAUGUAGCAGUCUACAGCACUUUCACCUAUUAAAAAUCACCAGUAAAAGCUUCUAAACACAACUUGACAUGCUUCAGCAGCAAUGUGAUAUAACACUGGGGAGAAUUUAACAACACCAGCAACAGAGUUUACAUGUUUUCCUAAUAUUAGCAUGUAGCUACAUCUAGCAGUCUACCUGCAGCUGGGGAAUGACUGUAUACUGGCACUUUCUUCAGUUACAAGUCACCAGUAAAAACUUGUAAACACAACUGGACAUGUUCCAGCCGGAAUAUGAUCAGAAAUUGGGGAGAAAUUUAAAACAAAUGCAAUCACGUUGACAUGAUCCCUGAUAUUAGCAUGUAGCUACAUGUAGCAUUGUAGAAUAUGUAAUCUAAACACCUGCAAAAGCAUGCCUGGAGCAGAUGACCAUAUAAAGAAAUCUGACACAAUCUGCCGUCAUCUUGUAGCCAAAGUAGAAAUAAACAAACAGUAUUCAGAACAAAGGGAUUCGUUUUCCAUGUUUACCUUGUUAUUUGAAAUUUUGGUGGCGUUUAAUAUGAACAUCCGACAUUGUAACAUUAUUGAAUAUGACAGAAUAUAACAAAGAGCAUAAUAGGUCCUCUUUAAAUUAAAUGGGAGUGGACAAAAUAUUAGAAAUACUUCUCAGAAUAGAUGAUACCGUUCAUGAAUACAGGAUUUAUUGCAGAGCUGUCGCAUUAAAAAAUGUAACUUUUAGCUAGGUGGCCCUAAACUGGAACCUGAGUGUAUGUGAAGUUAAAAUAACCAGAUGUGAGUGACUAAUUCAGUGAAUUACAGGUAUUUCAUCACAUUGAUGCAAAAUUCUGUAAAUCUAAUAUUGCCACAAAGCAGUUCUCCUCAUUGAUUUGCAGCUAUCUUGGUAGAAACUGUAUAGAAGUAUCUUGACAGUAAAUGGUUUCUAGGUAAAUCUGUGGUCAUGUCGCCCAGCCCUACUCUACAGUUUUAAUACUCUACGCUAUGGACGCAUUUUGAAUGUGCACAGUAGUUAGGUUUGAUAACCAGCCCCAGUUUCAGAUGGACUGUUUGGCAUGUCAUGUUAAAAGAUUCUUGGAACAAGGAACCCAAUGAAGUCAGCAGCUGUAACAGAGGUUUAAAAAACAGCCUGAACAAACCAGUUUUUGAAGCUUAUGGAGAUUUCUCAUUCAUUUUGAAUCAUGCAGGUUUUCAGCCCUGCUAUAGGUUUUAUGUUUCUCAGUUGAGGUAAAUGAUAAGAUGUUUUAUUGCUUGUGAUUGUAAACACACUGAAGGUGCAAAAACCCUGGACAUAUUGUACAUGUAUAUUUCUAAUAACUCUGAAUUACUUUCGAAAUGCACAGAGCAUGCAAAUCAGGAUCAGGGCUAAGAGUCUUAAACUGUCUGUGCUGUACCGUGCUGCAAGUAGACACCAUUGUCAUUAAUGUCGUGAGAGGCGAUUGUGUUAUAAGAUAUUUUUUUUUAUUAUUUCUUAAGUGGUGUUUUGCAGAUUUUAGUGCAUGCUUGUUGAAGGGGAAAUCACAUCCAGCUGCGGUGCAGCUAAUAAUGGUUCCCUGGGAGCACUUGUGUCAGUGCAAUGUAUUCUGGCACCUUCAUCUUUGCAUCUUAAUAUUGUGCCAAAUUCAUUUUUAAUUAUGUCUUAGCAGGGUGGGUUGAAGAUUCAGAGUAAUAGCAGGACUUCUGAGGUGCUAUUGCUUCUCUCUGGGAAGGUGGAAUUUAAUUUAAUUUUUAUUCUUUGAGACAACAGUUAUAUUGACAGGGUUAGAUACAGGACGUUAUGCUGAAACAUGCGAGUGGUGAGAUGUGAAAACACAUUCGCAGAUACUGCUCAUUAGGUUUUGCCCCCUCAGCCUCUUUCUCGCCACUCUUUACUCUGGAGGCCUAUUUUUCAUGUCUUGUUUUUACUCAGUAUCGUGGGAAUUUCUGCACCACAUUGCCUCUAAAAGAUUGUUCAACAUUUUCUUUUUGUACAUGUCCCUCCUGCAGCUUUCUGAAAAGAGGAAGAGAAAAAGAAGUAUCCAUGAUUGAACAUAAAGAGUGAAGGUCUCGUUUCACUCCCAACAGCCUUAGGGUGUUCUCUUUAACUUUGAUUUGUCAGUGAAUUCUCUUCUUACACUUGAACUGAUAUUUAAAUAGACCAUUUGUAUGAUUUCAGCUGUUGUAAAUUGUCUUUUUUUACUGUGUAAAUAAAGCUGUUGUACAUGUCAGAC